UACGCGACGGUUGUGCGGCGAACAAGAAACCGAUUCCAAAACCAAGAGCGGGAACCACAGACCUGUUUGAGUGCCAUUUAAAUUUAAAUUCAAAAAACUAAACGAACUUAAAAAACAAAAACAAAAAACAGCGUUUUUUUUCAACAUUUUUUUACUGUGCUUGAGAGCUUUUUAAGCAAUCGAAAAUCUGCAUAAAUACUGAAAAACAUCAAACAACAAAAUUGCAAUUGAAACCGCUUGAAAUAUAAUAUUGUUUUGUGAGCCAAUUAAUUUUAUAUUUUUCACAAAAAAAAUAUUCAGAAUUGGUCGCGUUUCUCUUCUAAAUAUUCCGCACUGUCCAGCGUCGUGGAGAGGGACACACAAUCGGAUCAGAUUAGAUCUCUCAACUAAAAUGUGACUACUGGUUCUUAAACCGUCUUCAAGUUCAUCCCAAAAACGCGGCUGCCUUUAAAGUGAGAACAGGCAAAUUUAACAAGCGCGAAACGUUUCUAAAUUGGAAUUUUUGCAUUCGAGAUUUAGAGCAGGAUAUAAUUAAACGGCAACCGUGUGCCCCCGCCAGUGGAAAUGCCCGUCAUGAGGUAGGCGUGGCUGUGGGCAUACUAUAAAUAAAUCUAAAAUGUAACAAAAACAUGAUGAAAUAUAUGCAACCGAAAACAGUGAAAUUCCACUGAAGAACGAAAAACAAACAGACAGUAGUAGCAGAGAAGAGCAAUUAAAAAUCUCUACGAAAAACCCAACUACAAAUAGACAACUUAAUUGAGAAAGAGUGAAGGAGAUAUACAUAUAUAUUCCAUAUUAUACAUAUAUACUCAUCGUAAAAGAGGCGUAGAAAUGGGCAAAAGUCUGGCCAUGGCACUAUUGUUGGCCGUCCUAAUUAGCAGUUGGCCUUUGGCCAGUGAGGGAGCUACAAGCAACAAUAUGAACAACUAUGAAAACAACACUAUCUACAACAGCAACAGCAACAACAACAACAACAACAACAACAACUAUGGCAACAAUUCCAGUAAUUAUCCAUUCACAACCGACCAACAUGCGAAUGAUUCGAUGGACUAUGAUCCGGAUAGCUGGCCCUUGGAGCGCAUUGUAUCCACCAUAGUGCCCGUCUUUUUCGGCAUUAUUGGUUUUGCCGGACUCCUCGGCAAUGGCCUGGUCAUACUGGUUGUGGUUGCCAACCAACAGAUGCGCUCGACCACCAAUCUGCUGAUAAUCAACCUGGCCGUCUCGGAUAUCCUGUUCGUCAUCUUCUGCGUGCCAUUCACGGCCACCGACUACGUGCUGCCCGAGUGGCCGUUUGGCAAUAUGUGGUGCAAGUUUGUCCAGUAUAUGAUUGUGGUUACGUGCCACUGCAGUGUUUACACAUUGGUGCUGAUGUCCUUUGAUCGCUUCCUGGCCGUUGUACAUCCAGUGACGAGCAUGUCGCUGCGCACAGAACGAAAUGCCACGCUAGCCAUCAUGUGUGCCUGGAUAACGAUUGUGACGACAGCCAUUCCCGUUGCUCUAUCGCACUCGGUGCGCAUCUAUCAGUAUCGUGGCAACGCCGGCACUGCCUGCGUCUUCUCCACUGAGGAAGAGGUUUGGAGUCUGGUUGGCUUUCAGGUUUCCUUCUUCUUAUCAUCGUAUGUGGCACCCUUGACGCUGAUUUGCUUCCUCUAUAUGGGAAUGUUGGCGCGUCUGUGGAAAAGUGCUCCAGGCUGCAAGCCAUCCGCCGAGUCACGCAAGGGCAAGCGACGCGUCACACGAAUGGUAGUUGUUGUCGUAUUGGCAUUCGCCAUAUGCUGGCUGCCCAUACAUGUCAUACUGGUUCUAAAGGCGCUCAAUCUGUACGGCGGCAGUCACUUGUCGGUCAUCAUCCAGAUCAUAUCACAUGUGGUGGCCUAUACCAAUUCCUGCAUCAAUCCGAUACUCUAUGCCUUUCUCUCCGACAAUUUCCGCAAGGCAUUCCGCAAGGUGGUCUGGUGUGGCAGCCCACCGCCGCUUUUGACCAAUCAACAGGUGACCAAGACCACGCGUACUGCAACCGGCAACGGAACGUCCAAUAUUGAAAUGCUCUAAGCGGCUCUGAAGAAUAAAAAUUAAUGGUCGGCCACCUUUUUUGAUGAUGAUUGGUCCACCAAAGAAAUGGAAAUUUGAAUUUAAAAUAAAAAAAAAAACAAAUAAAGAAAAAGAAUAAAUAUAAAAAUUAUUCUGCAAACACGGCGCACCCAAAUAAACUUCAUAUAUGCAUAUACAUAUAUAUUAAACGAUUUAUGUCCAAGAGGAGAAUAUAAUUGUCCUUGUUAUUUACUUAAUGUGUUUUCUAAAAAUUAGUUUAGUUCGUACAUACAUAAUAUAUGAUUAGUUUGUGGGUUCUAUAGU